UUUCCGCCAUCCUGCCAACACCUAAGGUGGCUCUCAUUUGAGCUUCAAAGCGAGCGGGAAACGGAAAAGGACUUCCCGGCUAGCGCAUUACCCGGAACUCUUUCCCGUUAGCCCGGGGGUGUCCGCGGGGGGAUUGGAGAUUUCCUGCGGCUGGGCUGGGAGGUGCUAGUCCACCGCGCCUGAUUCGAGACGUGUCCCGGCUGAGAGACUGGGAUGUCGGACACGUGGAGUUCCAUCCAGGCCCACAAAAAGCAGCUGGACUCGCUGCGAGAGAGGCUGCAGCGGAGGCGGAAGCAGGACUCGGGGCACUUGGAUCUACGAAAUCCAGAGGCAGCACUGUCUCCCACCUUCCGCAGUGACAGCCCAGUGCCUACUGCACCCACUUCUGGUGGCCCUAAGCCCAGCACAGCUUCAGCAGUUCCUGAACUAGCUACAGACCCCGAGUUAGAGAAGAAAUUGUUACACCACCUUUCUGAUCUGGCCUUAACAUUGCCCACUGAUGCUGUGUCCAUCCGUCUUGCCAUCUCCACGCCAGAUGCCCCUGCCACUCAAGAUGGGGUAGAAAGCCUCCUACAGAAGUUUGCAGCUCAGGAGUUGAUUGAGGUAAAACGAGGUCUCUUACAAGAUGACGCACAUCCCACUCUUGUGACUUAUGCUGAUCAUUCCAAGCUCUCUGCUAUGAUGGGUGCUGUGGCAGAAAAGAAGGGCCCUGGGGAGGUAACAGGGACUAUCACAGGGCAGAAGCGGCGUGCAGAGCAGGACUCAACCACAGUAGCUGCCUUUGCUAGCUCUUUGGCCUCUGGCCUGGCCUCUACAGCAUCAGAAGCAGCCAAGGAGCCAACCAAGAAAUCAAGGAAACAUGCUGCCUCAGAUGUUGAUCUGGAGAUAGAGAGCCUUCUGAACCAACAGUCUACUAAGGAACAACAGAGUAAGAAGGUCAGUCAGGAGAUCCUAGAGCUAUUAAAUACAACAACAGCCAAGGAACAGUCCAUUGUUGAAAAGUUUCGCUCACGAGGUCGGGCCCAAGUACAAGAGUUCUGUGACUAUGGAACCAAGGAGGAGUGUAUGAAAGCCAGUGAUGCUGACCGGCCCUGCCGCAAGCUGCACUUCAGACGAAUCAUCAAUAAACACACUGAUGAGUCAUUAGGUGACUGCUCUUUCCUUAACACAUGUUUCCACAUGGAUACCUGCAAAUAUGUUCACUAUGAAAUUGAUGCUUGCAUGGAUUCUGAGGCUCCUGGGAGCAAAGACCAUACACCUAGCCAGGAGCUUGCUCUUACACAGAGUGUUGGAGGUGACUCCAGUGCAGAUCGACUCUUCCCUCCUCAGUGGAUCUGUUGUGAUAUCCGCUACCUGGACGUCAGUAUCUUGGGCAAGUUUGCAGUUGUGAUGGCUGACCCACCCUGGGAUAUUCACAUGGAGCUGCCCUAUGGGACCCUGACAGAUGAUGAGAUGCGCAGGCUCAACAUACCAGUACUGCAGGAUGAUGGCUUUCUCUUCCUCUGGGUCACAGGCAGGGCCAUGGAGUUGGGCAGAGAAUGUCUGAACCUCUGGGGUUAUGAACGGGUAGAUGAAAUUAUCUGGGUGAAGACAAAUCAACUGCAGCGCAUCAUUCGGACAGGCCGUACAGGUCACUGGUUGAACCACGGGAAGGAACACUGCUUGGUUGGUGUCAAAGGAAAUCCCCAAGGCUUCAACCAGGGUCUGGAUUGCGAUGUGAUCGUAGCUGAGGUUCGUUCUACCAGUCAUAAACCAGAUGAAAUCUAUGGCAUGAUUGAGAGACUAUCCCCUGGCACUCGCAAGAUUGAGUUAUUUGGACGACCACACAAUGUGCAGCCCAACUGGAUCACCCUUGGAAACCAACUGGAUGGGAUCCACCUACUAGACCCAGAUGUGGUUGCCCGGUUCAAGCAAAGAUUUUAUUAAUUUGACAGAAAGACACACAGCGAGAGAGAGAACACAAGCAGGGGGAAUGGGAGAGGGAGAAGCAGGCUCCCUGCUGAGCAGGGAGCCCAACGCGAGGCUCCAUCCCAGGACACUGGGAUCACAACCUGAGCCGAAGGCAGAUGCUUAACGACUGAGCCACCCAGGCGCCCCAAAACAUAUUUUUAAAUGACUGUUAGUGAUGUACAAAUUUAUUAAAACUACGGUAAUUGGCAUCUGUUUAUGUCUCUUUGGAAAGACUCAAUAAUAUGAACCAAUUUUUUUCAAGCUAUCCAUCCCCCACUUAAAACACAUCAAGCCAAGCAGCAGAGAUGUAGGAGAAAUGGAAGAACUUGUAUCUCCAAAGUUUAGGAUCCUUGGAUAGAUACCUCUGAAAAAUAACUCCAUGCUUACUUAGGCUUUAUCCUCUCUCACAGAACUGCAGUAUGACUUUUGCUUAGUUAAGGGGUGGUCUGGGACAGAACACCCUCCUAAAUGUUUCUUACCAAGAACAAUACAGAUUAUCAUGGGUAGGACAAGUCACAGUUGCAGGGAACUCCUACAGGAACUCCUGGUUGCCAGACAUUAAAUGCCAGCAGCAACCUCCACUUUUACUGGGUCAACCAAAAUAAUUCUACCUUUCCACUGGUCUGGAGAAAGACUUGAAAACAGGCUCACCUCAGGAACUACAUCUGUGAUCAUCUCACAGAUUGUCUCAGGAGAGGUUUCCUCCACUGUGUGGGCCUCGGGGCUGUUGUUCACAGGCCGCUCAGGACUACUUUCCACGGCUGGUGGGACUAAGGGUGUCUGCAUUUUCAGAGUGGGUGGAGGCACAAUCUUGAUCUGCAGAGGAGGUGGCUGUUGCUGUAAAUUGAUUCGAACUUUCUGAGGUGGAGGCUGUUGCAUGGCCUGCAGUGGGGGAGGCUGCUGCAGAAUGGUCACUUGCUGCUGAGUGGGGGGCUGAGGCAUCUGUUGUAGUGGAGGGGGUUGUAGUCGGGGUGGAGGCAGUUGCAUAGAAGCAGCAGCUGCUGCCGCUGCCUGCAACACUGAGCGAGUGACAAUUUGGGCUUGUUGACUGGGCUGGAUAGUGGCUGUACUGGUUUGGCCUAGUUGGAUCCCCCGGGAGGUCACCACUGUGGCUGGGAUAACAGUAACCAUCCCUCCUUGAGACA